GCGCACAGCCAUUUAUUGAAUGAAUGAAUGAGUGUGUACAAAAUACAUACAUACGGCGUGGCGCGUCUGGUUUCAUGUGUGCGCUGUAUUGUUACUCGUGCCAUGUGGUUGCUAUUUAAACGUUCCUGCUUGUUCCUACUUGAUGUGUACAUAUAUUCGUUUAAAUACAUACAUUUUGAUUUUUAAAUAAACACAAUGCCGAAAGUUCGUACGCAAGUUACGGCUCGUGUUCACAAAGAAGUAGCUAGACAAGGUAUCUUGUUUAAUAAGGAUUUUGGUCAACACAUUUUGAAGAAUCCGUUAAUCAUACAAAAUAUGGUAGAAAAAGCUGCACUCAGGCCAACCGAUGUUAUAUUGGAAGUUGGUCCUGGUACAGGUAAUAUGACGAUAAAACUGCUAGAAAAAGCAAAAAAAGUUAUAGCAUACGAAGUAGAUCCAAGAUUAGUAGCGGAAUUACAAAAACGUGUUCAAGGAACACUGUAUCAGCCAAAAUUAGAAAUAAUGGUUGGAGAUGUAUUAAAGUCAGAUUUACCCUUUUUUGAUUUGUGUGUUGCUAACAUACCAUAUCAGAUAUCGUCGCCGUUAGUGUUCAAACUACUUUUGCACAGACCAUUAUUCAGAUGUGCUGUACUUAUGUUUCAAAGAGAAUUUGCAGAGCGUUUGGUAGCUAAACCUGGUGACAAAUUGUAUUGUCGCUUGAGCAUUAACACACAAUUAUUGGCACGAGUAGAUAUGCUGAUGAAAGUCGGAAAGAAUAAUUUUAAGCCUCCACCUAAGGUAGAAUCAAAUGUAGUAAGAAUUGAGCCAAGAAAUCCAUCACCACCGAUCAAUUAUCAAGAAUGGGAUAGUCUGACAAGAAUUGCAUUUCUCAGAAAAAAUAAGACUCUCUCUGCAGCCUUCAAGCAAAACACAGUUACCACUAUGUUGGAAAAGAAUUAUAAGAUUCAUUGUUCUUUGAAUAACAAGGUUUUCCCAGACAAUUUUGAUAUCAAACAAUUGGCAGACCACAUUUUAAAAAAAACAAAAGCAGAAAACAAACGAGCCAGGACUAUGGACAUACCUGAUUUUAUCAAGCUUUUACAUGCAUUCAAUGCAGAAGGCGUACAUUUUGCAUAAAUUAUACUAGUCUAUCUAUUACUUGUUAAUAAGUUAGGAAUUUUUAUAGGAAAGUAUGUAAAAUAUAACAAAUAUAUUUUGUUAGAACAGCAAAUCUCUCUGGUAACCUUUUUAUUUAAAAUAACUGAAUUUGUUAUACAUAUCGAGGCCAUUUAAAUGAUCGUUUAUUUAAGAUCAAUUUGAUUAUACAUAAUAGUUCUAAAUCAUAUAUAAAAAGAAAUCGAGAACUCUUCUACGAGAUUUCUACCGUGUAUAAUAUUAAUUCUACACUAUGCACAUAUAAUUCAAACUUUAAUAUCUACUAUUAAUGUAAAUUUUAUUACAUUGAACUGACAAUCCGUAGAUCGGAUUAUAUUUCAGACAUAAUUUUGAUUAUGGAUAUUUGAUUAUAUAUGCCGUGCCAUUUUUCAAUAUUCAACUUCAUCUUGGUCUCCUAAUUUAUAUUCGUAAAAAUGUAUAUAUUAAUGAGACUGUUGUAAAGAUUUUAUCUAUCCACUUUUUAUCAAUAUGACAAAUGCUAACUAUAUUGCUAUAUCAUAUAAAAACAUCUACUUACUAUUUUGUAUGAUUUACUUCAGUGUAUGAUUAGAAGAAUGAUGCAAAUAGUUAUUUUUCAAACCAAACUCGGAGACACUACAAUUACUGGUAAAAAUCAUUACCGAUACAAUUAAUAUUAAUAAAAAUUAAUAUGAUCAAUAAAGGAAUAACCAUUCAAGUGCAUUACACUUCAAUGUACAAUGAUUGGAAAAUUUGAUAAUAUAAAUUACAUAUGAAAAGAUGGAAUUAAAUGACUGUCUCGCUAAGAUUGAAGUUGCAGGUCAAGUUAGAUUAAC